AUGUCUGAACGAAAUCCCAAGGACUCCAUGAAGUCCACUUGGCGCCGGCAGGCCCGCUCAGAGUGGACUCUGUUCCACUGGUUCUACGAAUUACUCGGCAUCCACCCGGAACAUCUCGAUCAAAACGUCCCCGUCCACUUGAAAGAAGACGCAGUCCCCUAUGUGCCAAACUGGUCCACCCACCGCUGGGUCAUCACCCACGCUAUCAUUCCCCUCCUACUACAACACGCCUACGUCCAAUAUACAGGCCGCAAUCUCAGCACUAUCGCCGCUUUCUUUUUCUACAGCGCCGCCUUUAAACUCAUCGCCAUCCAUGAAUUACACGUCCUCCGUCGCCUGGGCCAUAUCCACGGUUUCCUAGAUGGUGAUAAGCAUGCGCGCGACGGUGUCCCCGACAUUGGCGUCGCAAAGGUCGUCCGCUCCCUCAUGUCGACCUCCACCAUCCGGCCCAUGAUGUCCGUCUUCCUCGCCUACCGCACAUCCGAAGCCCCCUCAUCCAUGAACUUCCUCUGGUUACCUCUUGAAAUCGGUCUAUACGGCAUCAUCCUCGACUUCUGGUUCUACUGGUACCACCGCCUGAUGCACGAUUUCGAGCCACUUUGGAAAUACCAUCGCACUCAUCACCUGACCAAGCACCCUAAUCCGCUCCUUACCCUCUACGCAGACCUGGAGCAGGAGUUCUUCGAUAUCGCUGGAAUUCCGCUGGCGACUUACUUCACGAUGAAGUUUAUUGGGUUGCCGAUGGGUUUCUAUGAGUGGUGGGUUUGUCAUCAAUAUGUUGUCUUCGCAGAGCUAGCGGGUCAUAGUGGACUUCGUGUACACUCGAGCCCGCCUUCGACGCUGAACUGGCUGCUUCGUUAUUUCAAUGCCGAGCUGGUUAUUGAGGACCAUGAUUUGCAUCACCGGAAGGGUUGGAAGAAGAGUUAUAAUUACGGGAAACAGACUCGACUUUGGGAUCGCAUUUUCGGCACAUGCUGUGAUCGUAUUGAGUCUGUGGCGAAUAAUGUUGAUUAUGUGAACCAGUCGCCUAUGCCCUUGUAUUGA